AUGCGGCUCUAUGAGCUACUUCAGAUGGAAACAUGGGAGGGACACGGAUUCGCGGGAGUUGCUGAACUCAAGGGAGGCAGUUCAAACCAUCGGGGUGGAGAUCUAUCUACUUCCAGAGAAGGUGGAGGGAAUGGACAGGAUUCUAUUAAUGAAGGUACUUCAGUUGGCCUUUCUGUCUCAGGGCAAAGGCACGGUACAAGGACAUCUUUGAUAGGCUCAAAGAUUAGAAGAAUGUACCGGAAACAGAAGUCUCUAAGGAAGAAGCUAUUUCCUUGGAGUUAUGAUUGGCACAGAGAAGAUACCUAUGUUGACGAGAGAAUGGUGGAGUCCAUGGGACCUAUUAGGAGAUGCAGAUCUGGAGUUGUCGAUCAUGGUGCUGUUUUAGGAGCAAUGGCUAGAGCUCUUGAAAGUACUGAAGAUGCAUAUAUGGAAAUGGUGGAGAUGUCUCGUGACACAAAUCCAGAGCUUGCUUUGAUGGGAUCAUGCGUCCUGGUGAUGCUAAUGAAGGAUCAGGAUGUGUAUGUCAUGAACCUUGGUGAUAGUCGUGUGAUCUUGGCACAAGAAAGGCCUAGUGAUCGCCAACCUAAUCCCAAUUUUGCAAAGGAUGAUCUAAGGCAUAGGAACAGGUCCAGAGAAUCACUAGUGCGAAUGGAGCUGGACAGAAUAUCCGAGGAGUCUCCAAUGCAUAAUCAAACCAGUCAGGUUAAUAUGAUAAAUAAGAACCGGGACAUCUCAAUGUGCCGAUUAAAGAUGAGGGCAGUUCAACUUUCAACUGAUCACAGCACAAGUGUUGAACAGGAAAUUUUAAGGAUAAAAGCUGAACAUCCGGAUGACAGUCAAGCUAUUCUAAAUGAUCGAGUGAAAGGCCAACUUAAGGUGACCAGAGCAUUUGGUGCUGGGUUCUUGAAGAAGCCAACUUGUAAUGAAGCUCUGCUAGAAAUGUUUCGGAUUGAUUAUGUAGGAACUGCUCCAUAUCUGAGCUGUAUCCCUUUUGUUCUUCACCAUCGGCUAACCUCAAGCGACCGAUUCCUGGUACUAUCUUCUGAUGGGCUUUAUCAAUAUUUCAGCAAUGAAGAGGUAGUUGCCCAUGUCACAUGGUUCAUGGAAAAUGUGCCAGAAGGUGAUCCUGCACAAUAUCUCAUUGCGGAACUUCUAUUCCGAGCAGCCAAAAAGAAUGGAAUGGAGUUUCAUGAUUUGCUUGAUAUUCCUCAGGGGGAUGGAGGUAAAUAUCAUGAUGGUUCUGUCAUGGUAGUUUCCUUGGAGGGUAGGAUUUGGAGAUCAUCUGGAUGAUUUCUUUUUUUGGUUUUUCAUAUUUGCAUAUUGUUGAGCGUUGUAACCAUUUUCAAGCAAGGGGUAAAUCAUCUAUUUUGGAAAUGAGAAUCUCAGUCUUUACAAUU